AUGAAACAGCUCCUCUCUGAUAUCCUUCCCUGCCGCCUGCUUCCCUUCAGGAACCACAUCGCUGAGCUUGUGGCGGAGGACUGGUCGAGUCUGCGGGACACCCUGGCGACGCUGUUUCUGGGCGAGAACGACGUCGACCACGUACCGAGAGAGGUCUUCAGCAGGUGCAGGCGACUCAUCUGGCUCAACCUUGAUGUUAACAACAUCCUCACCCUUGAACGAGAAUCCCUCCCCAAAAACAUCCAGACACUCAGCCUGAACCACAACCUUUUGUCGGGCUUCCCUUCUGAGGCAGUGAGCAACAUUCAAGAUUUGACAUGGCUCUUCCUCAGGGGUAAUCUCCUAGAUAGACUUCCGGACACUGGCUUUAUCCUACCCAAGAAACUGGAUAAGCUCGACCUGGGAGAAAACUUCAUUCGUUUCAUCCCCAACAACCUCUUCAAUAACACUGUAACUGCACGGGACCUACACCUCGACUUCAAUCUUCUGACCGAAAUACAAGACGAAGCAUUUAAGGGUCUCAACCCUGGGCGCCUCUACCUCUCCGCAAAUAACAUCAUGAAUAUUACUGAACAAGCCUUCUUGGGUGGGCCUGAGCACUCCCUAGUCAUGCUGGACCUGGAGAAGAACAAACUCGAGUCCGUCCCAAAGGCCUUGUCACACUUAAAGAGACUUCGAUAUCUGUAUCUCCCGGACAACCAAAUAGCAGAUAUUAAAGAUGAUGUCUUCCGUUCCUUUUGUGAAUCCAUGGAGGCCCUAAGCCUGUCUGGAAACCAGCUAAAGGCCAUCCCUCGUGCUGCCUUGGAGAACUGCAGCACAAUCGCACACCUCAAUCUGGGGCAUAACCAAAUCACGGAAAUCCAUGAGGAUGAUUUUGAUACCUGGGGAGAUAGCCUUGACACUCUCAUUCUAAGGAACAAUCGUAUUUACAGUAUCCCACCCCAUGCCUUUAGAUACACACCAGAGCUUAGAGAACUCAGUCUUUCGUUUAACAGAAUCGUUGAUGUUUCUGCAGAAUCUUUUAUAGACAUUCUUAAUACUCUUGAAGUUUUGGAGAUAAGUUUAGGCUUUUAUAGAGACGAUUUCCCAGAAGAGGUCCUUAAGCCUUUAACAGCACUGCAGUGGAUUGCUUUGGAUAAUAAUAACUUCAGAACGAUAUCCGAAACUGCUCUCUACUCCUUUGGUGAGCUUAGAUAUUUCAACAUGGAUUCUAACCGACUUACAUAUAUACCAAAAACUCUCUUUCAUCAGAAUGUACACAAGAAUCUUAGAGAUAUUAGACUGGCUCUCAAUUUCCUGGAGAGAAUUGAGGUUCACACUUUCCAUAAUCUUGUUGGUCUUAGGACUCUCGUUCUAACAGGAAAUAAAAUAAAGACUGUUCACUUCGAGGCAUUCAAAGCCUUACCCAAACUAAGUACCAUUUUGUUAGCAAACAACGAAAUAGAGACCAUAGAACCUCGGGCCUUUUCAGAUCUUCCAAACCUCAUGGAACUUGACCUGCAGCAUAACAAAAUGAAAGAGUUGUCCCUGAAUGCAUUUUCUAAUGUGACCAGCCCAACAACACCUCUUGCCCUCAAUAUUUCGUACAAUGAUAUCCAAGAGUUAUCCACGGGGUCAGGACCGCCCAUCCUGCUCAAAAGCCUGGAUGUAAGUCAUAAUGCUCUUAAAGAAGUGCCUAUCAACUUUCUCGGAGCUUUUACUUUCUCCAUUCAGCGUCUUGACCUCGGGUACAAUCUCAUUAAGAAACUCGACAGCAGCGCCUUUGGGCCUUUGGGCACCCUCCAGAUGCUCAUCCUCGAACACAACGGCAUUAAACAAAUACGUCCUCGUGCGUUUUCCUCUCUAGAAAGUCAGCUCCUUGAUCUCAGUCACAACCACUUGGAGAACCUACCACCAGAGUGCUUUACUGAUGUUGGAUUCCUUCGUGUUCUUGAUCUCUCCUACAACCAUUUGCGCUCUCUUCCCAAUUUCUGUGUUCCCGGGGCACAAAACUUCCCAAACCUUAUCGAACUCAACCUGGCCAACAACCGGCUCACGAUACUUUCCCGACAACGUGUUCAUCAGCCUCACGAGUUCAUUAGUCUCGACCUCAGCGGUAAUCCAGUCCGAGCCAAUUUCAAGGGAACUGUUUCACUAAAACACAGAAUCGUCCAGAAACUCAACUUGGCCCAAAAUUGGAUUCAGUUCUUCACCCAUCACCGCUCCCGAAUCUCAAAUUUCCCCCUUAACUUAAUCUCUUUAUGGUUUUAUAAUCUCCUAAAAAUCAGCAUCAUUAGAAGCGUCAAACGCUUUAAAACCCCAGAGCUCCUCUCUGAUUCCUUCCCUGCCGCCUGCUUCCUCAGGACCACUCGUGAGCUUGUGGCGGAGGCUGGUCGAGUCUGCGGGACACCCUGGGCGACGCUGUUUGCUGGCGAGAACGAUGUCGACCCACUACCGAGAGAGGUCUUCAGCAGGUUCAGGCGACUCAUCUGGGUCAACCUUGAUGUUUUAAAAACAUCCUCACCCUUGAACGAGAAUCCCCCCCCAAAAAAAAACAUCCAGACACUCAGCCUGAACCCCAACCUUUGUCGGGCUUCCCUUCUAGGGAUGAGCAACAUUCAAGAUUUGACAUGGCUCUUCCUCAGGGCCCAAAAACACCUCUUUCCCUCAAUAUUUCGUACAAAAUAUCCAAAGUUAUCCACGGGUCAGGACCGCCCUCCUGCUCAAAGCCUGGGUGUAAGUCUAAUGCUCUUAAGAAUGCCCAUCAAAUUUCUCGGAGCUUUUACUUUCUCCUUCGCGCUUGACCUCGGGUCAAUCUCAUUUAAAAAAUCGACAGCACGCCUUUGGCUGGAAACCAUUGGACUUUCACACAACGAGUUUGUUCCUGCCCACGCGGGGUUCGCAGAGGUGGGGGCGACCCUACAUUCCUCGACGUCUCAAAAACCACUUAGAGCACUUGGACAUACAAUGUUCUACAUUUCCCCAAACCUUUAUCAAACUCAACCUGCCAACAACCCCCACGAUACUACCCAAAACGUGUCUCACCUCAGGGUCUCUUAUCUCGACCCGUUCCUACCCAUCUCCCGCCCCGAAUCUAAAUUUCCCCUUAACUUUCGGGAAAUUAAAUGUCAAGGAUCAAAGUCCAUCAGUUUAGAUCUGCGUCAGCUGAGAUCGUUAGAUUUUUCACUAAUCACUGAAGAAGUGAGUCUCGUCUGUGAACAUUCCCUUCCUGGGAAGUUCCUUGAUUUGUCGUCAAAUCCAAAGAGGUAA